AUGUUUUAUUGCAAAUAUUUUUUUCCACGAAAAGGUUGCUUGCAGUUACUCAAAGCGGAAAUGAAUCUGAAGUGGUCGACGAUCGGCCGAACUUCUGUCUCCUACACACAAGGGCAAUCGCCAGAACCCCGCAUUCGCGAAUAUUUUUAUUACAUCGAUCACCAGGGCAUGUUAUUUCUUGAUGAUUCUCGUAUGAAGAACUUCACAUCUUGUUUCAAAGACAAGAAGUUCCUGGCAUUUUUCUUCAAGAGACUUCGGUUGAAUGAGACUGGCCGCUACACAGAUGAUUUCCCCUACUUAUCAGUGUGUGGAAGGGAACGAAACUUUGUGAGAUGCGAUGACUUGCCAAUCGUUUUUACGCAUGUCAUUAUACAGGAAAAUCUAGACAGCGGUACCAAGGAAAAUCGAUUCAGUUAUGCUCAUGCUGGCGAACUCUUAACGGUUCCUUUUGAACCAACAAAAAUCUUCAUGAGUAUGAAAACUGGACGAGUCUACCACCCGGCUCCAGAUAUUGUUGGUAGCAUAGGUUUGGUGCAGUCUAAAAUUGCUAUAGAGUUUAGCAAAUUUUUUGAGUUUCACAAUGGCGAAGAACAAAGUCCAACACAUUUUACAUGGGAUGGAAAUAGAUAUGACUUAAUUACUGAUUGGUAUAAACAGAAAAUGGGCAAAGUUUUGUGAAGAUUUUUCUCCACAGUAUAUCUUCACCUACUUCCCGAUUUCUGUUUUCAAAGAUCUAAAAUGUACUUUAACAGGAUUGAAGCUUCUAGGCACUUUGUUAUUAAAUAUAUUGUUAGAUAAUAUGUUUUCUAUCUAUCUUUAUAUUUAUAAUAAAAAAAUAACAAUCCUUAAA